AAACAGUCUGCAGUCAAGAUGGCGGAAGAAACUGCAUCUUCAGAAAAACCCCAAUCAAAACUGAUCUUUGUGAAUCAGUUAGACUGUUAUGGUGGAAAAAACAUAGGAAACUUUCUGUCCCAAUGCUUAGUUGGUGCAUCAUUGGAGGAAAUUGAAGAGGAAGAAGAUGACAGAAGUGUUGACACUGAUAUUCUUCAAAAACCAAAGGAAGGUACCUUCCAGGUAGUGGGGACAGCAAAGGAUCAAUCAACACAAAAACCAGAUUGGGCAAAAGAUGUAAUACUGACAACUGAACGGGACCAACUUUUGGAGCAUUUAAUGGAAUGUGAUGUAAUCAUUUAUGAUAUCACAGAAGAUCCCGAUCAAAUAGAUGAAGCAUCUUGGGCAGUGUCAGCACUACAUGCUGAGAUUGAGAGAUUUGACAGUCCAAAAAUGUUUGUUUUAUUAUCAACUGUAAUGACUUGGGCAAAAAGCAAACCAUUGGAUCCAGAUGAUCCGGAAAUUCCGUUCACAGAAGAUGAUUAUCGGCGUAGGAAGCCUCAUCCAAAUUAUAAAUCUCACAUCAGUGCUGAAAAGUUAGUUAUUAAACUUGGAAAAACAGACAAAUCUCGAUUUGUGACCUAUGUUGUUGCCUCUGGACUGACAUAUGGAGCUGGUGAAAACAUCUUUCAUUAUCUUACAAAGACUGCCUGGCAUGGUCAAGCCGAAGCUCUUCAGUGUUUUGGCACUGGAAUGAAUGUUGUACCCACAAUUCAUAUCAAGGAUCUUGCUGCAGUUCUUCAGAAUACUAUUGAUAGUCGACCAAAAACUAGGUAUCUAGUGGCUGUUGAUGAUUCACAGAACACUCUUGAAGAAAUUGUCAGGACUGUUAGUACUAGUCUUGGCACUGGAAAAGUAAAAAAUAUUACAAAGGAAGAAGCAUUACUGAGUAAGGAUCUUGAGCAAGCAGACUUUGAUCAAUUAUUGGUCAAUCUUCGAAUGGAUGCAGUAUAUAUUAAGGAAAGUAUGAAUAUUAGAUGGGUUGCUGAGACUGGUAUUGUUGAUAACAUACAAAGUAUUAUUAAAGAAUACAAGACAACUCGAGGACUGCUUCCCAUGCGUGCAUGUAUCCUUGGACCACCUGCUGUGGGAAAGACCUCAGUUGUCCAGAAACUGUGUGAACAUUAUAAACUGCAUCAUAUAAAGAUUAAUGAUGUAAUCAAAGAAGCCAUUGAAAAAUUGGAGAAGAGUGCUGCUCGUGGAGAUCAAGAUGAGAAUGAAGAUGAUGAUGGAAAGGCACAAGAAGAUCAGGAAUUGUUAGACCAGAUUACAGAAAGUAAAGAUAAUAAUGGUGGUCGUAUUGAGGAUCAAUACAUCAUCCAGUUCUUUCGUGAGAAGCUUCAUUCGAUGCCAUGUCAGAACCAAGGCUUCAUCCUGGAUGGAUAUCCCAAAACUUAUGAACAAGCUAAGGAACUGUUUGCUACUGAUGAAGAAGAAGAGGAACCUGAAGGCAGCAAAGUUCCUGCGUAUGAUAAAAAUAUAAUGCCAGAAGUUGUUAUCUCCCUCAAUGCGCCGGAUGAAUUCUUGAAAAUCCGAGUCAUGAACUUACCAGAGAGUGUUGUUGCUGAUACUCAUAAUACAGAAGAUGGACUUUUGAGACGCCUCAGUGACUUCCGCGUUGUCAAUGAAGAAGAUAGCACAGUGCUGAACUAUUUUGAUGAAUUGGAAAUCCAUCCAGAUCACAUUGAUGCCACUAAAGAGACAGAUCCUGAAAACAAAGGCAUUGUGGACAAAAUUAUCAAGAUUAUGGGUGAGCCACGUAACUAUGGGCCUACUCCAGAAGAACUUGAAGAAAUGGAGAGAGUUAAUACUGAAAAGAGACUGCAGAGAGAAAAGGAAGAAAAAGAAGAAAGGGAAAUGAGAGAAGCUGAAGAAGCUGCUGAAAGGCAACGGAGGCAAGAAGAAUGGGCACAACGUCUAGAGGAAGUGAAACGACAGGAACAGGAAGUUUUAGAAAACCAGGCUGUACCAUUGAGAAAUUAUUUGAUGAAGCAUGUUAUGCCAACACUCACUCAAGGCCUUAUUGAAUGUUGUAAAGUCAGACCUGAUGAUGCAAUUGAUCAUCUGGCUGAGUAUCUUUUUAAGGCUAAUCCUCAAGUCGACUGAAGUCAUUUUUAGUCAGAGUGAACAGCUUAGUAGGAGUUUCAUGUAUUGUGCUAUGAUCUUUGAGAACUUCCUAUAUUUAUGUCCUGUGAAUAUACAACAGUGCAUACAAAUGAAUGGUGAUCUUGUUUCUUUUUCAAACCAAUUAUUCAUGCAGAUAUUACAUAUAUAUAUAAAUAAAUUGUACAUUGAAAGGAAAACAUGUUUUGUUACUGAUAAGUUGGUAUUAGGGGUUGUAUUCUGUGUACAUAAAAAAUAAACUUCUAAUCUGUGUAUCAAUGUUACAUUAUUUUCUGGCAAUGUAAGAUGUAUUAUUUCAUUUUUCUUCUGUAUAUUUUAAAUAUUUGAAUUUAAAUAAAAUAUGAAACCAAUUGAAA